GACGCUGUUCAAAUCAGUUCAACACCAAAUUCGGUAUCUAGAGCAACCUAAACAACCAAAAAUGGCAUUCAAAUUCACCAUUCUUUUCGCCGCCUGCAUCGCCGUGGCCAGCGCUGGCAUCAUUCCCGCCGCCGCUCCUCUGGCCGCCGUUGCCGAGGUGCAGGAGUACGAUCCCCACCCGCAGUACACCUACGGCUAUGACGUCAAGGACGCCAUCUCUGGCGACUCGAAGACCCAGGUGGAGACCCGCGAGGGCGACGUUGUCCAGGGCCAGUACUCCCUGAACGACGCCGAUGGCUACCGUCGCAUUGUGGACUACACCGCCGAUCCCAUCAACGGAUUCAACGCAGUGGUGCGCCGUGAGCCCCUGGUGGCCGCCGUUGCCGCCGCUCCUGCUGCCGUCGUUGCCGCUCCAGCCCCAGUUGUCCGUGCCGCCGUCGCUGCCCCCGUGGUCCGUGCCGCCCCCCUGACCGCCACCUACGCCGCCGCCCCAGCACCUCUCGCCUACGCCGCCGCCCCGGCUCCCCUCGCCUACGCCGCCCCCGCGCCCGCUGUCAAGGCCGCUCCUCUGGUCGCCGCUGGACCCGCCAUCGUCAAGACCCAGUUCGCUUCGCCUCUUAUCUCGUACGCCUAUUGAAAUGCUCACGAAUAGGCCACCACGACCCGAUAAUUGCCGUUAGUUGUUACUCAAAUAAAGGAUGUGAUCUAAUUGAAUGAA